UAUAUUUCUACAGAUCCAUGCAACUCCCUCCAUUCCUCUCCUCUUCCCUUCGUCCAGCAUCCAACAAGAAUAGAAAUGGGUGUUGUUGCACCAAUGACCAUAGCUUCUGCAACUGUUUUCCUUCUCCUAAUGGUGCUCCGACCAUCCACGGCAGCUCUCGAUGCUCGUUAUUACGAUCGAUCAUGCCCGCAAGCUGAUAAUAUUAUCUUAGAGACCGUACGGAAUGCAUCAGUGUAUAACCCGAAAGUCCCCGCUCGCAUUCUUCGAAUGUUCUUUCAUGAUUGCUUCAUAAGAGGGUGUGAUGCGUCAGUGUUACUGGAUUCAACUCCGGCCAAUCAGGCUGAGAAAGAUGCUCCUCCCAACGUCUCACUUCGAUCAUUCUACGUCAUCGAUGAUGCGAAAACGAAGCUUGAAUCAGCAUGUCCGGCGACCGUGUCUUGUGCGGAUAUACUUGCAAUUGCAGCAAGAGACGUUGUAGCUCUGUCUGGUGGGUCUCACUGGAAUGUGCUCAAAGGAAGGAAAGAACGGAUCUCAGAGGCUAACAACACAAUCAACUUACUAUCACCAUCCUUCAACAUGACCCAGCUAAUCCAAAGCUUUGAAAAUAGAGGGCUAGGAGUCAAGGACCUGGUGGCCCUCUCUGGCGGCCAUGCAUUGGGAUUUUCUUAUUGUUCUUCCUUUGAGUCCCGAAUUUGUAAUUUCAGCCAGAUGGAAGAUGUGGAUCCAAGCAUGGACGAUGUCUUUGCUGAGAAGCUGAGGAUGAAGUGUUGCCAGCCCAAUAAGGACCCUGGUGCAGGAGAGUUCUUGGAUUCUACAUCAUCUAUAUUCGACAAUGACUACUACAAGCGAUUGAUGGGAGGGAAAGGCGUGUUUGGAUCAGACCAGGCUUUGUACAGUGAUGAUCGAACUAGGCCAAUUGUGGAAGCAUUUGGGAGAGAUGAAGGUCUGUUCUUUAGGGAGUUUGCAGCAUCAAUGGAGAGACUCGGAAAUGUGGGUGUGAAGAUUGAAGAUGGAGAAGUGAGGAGGAAGUGUAGAGUGGUGAAUUGAGAGAGAGAGAGAGAGAGAGAGAGAGAGAGAGAGAGAGAGAGAGAGAGAGAGAGAGAGAUCAUGUAUUUGGGGAAGUUUCUAAACCAAUAAGUUUUUAUUUAUAGAGAGUUCUUCUAAGCACUUCUAUAAGCUUUUAGAUCAAUAAUGCACUGCUUCAAAAUCGGAACAUAAAUUUUAGAGAAAGGAUGUUGUUUCACCAGCAUUGUUCUCCUUGUGUUCUUGUUUGAAAGAGAUGUUGGGGAAAAUCCCACACAA